AUGCUUUGCCGACAAAGGUUACCGAAACCGUCCCGAUGGUUCCUAAUGGCGGCGGCCGCUAUUCUGACAGUUCUGGAACAGACGGAUGCCUUGGCACCAACGUUUCGACCAUCCAUUCCCCAGUCUCGUGCGUUCGGAGUGCUGUGGUCGACCAAACAAAGAGAAUACAGGAACGCCAAUAAGGAAGAGGACGAAAUAUUGGACGAUGUUUCCUUAUUGAAGGCGGUUGAAAAAUCCCAGUUGGUUGAAUUCUGCGAACAGAUGCAGCUGUCGACCCAAGGGACCAAACAGGAAUUACUGGAACGCCUACGAGAUCACGCUAACGCACAGGCGGAGGUAGAUCGCCAACGACAGCUUGAGCGCGCCGAGCGUGUUCAAGAAGGAACGGAAAACUCAAAAGAACGUUACGAAAUUGUUGGUGACGACGACGACUUGGAUGGUGAUAGCGACGAAGCGGCGAACGGUUUUUUCUAUUUCGAGCUCCCCAAAUCAGCAACCGUCACGGCCGCGUCGCAGUCUGGGAAAGACACGGAUGGAGAAGACGGUCCGCAAGUCACUGGCGAAGUCAAAAAGGCGACACCGUUCAUUCCCAAUACUGCUGUCACGGCUCCACCUCCACCACCAGAACCCAACGCCAAUGGAGAACGAGUGGUGACCGUCUACAACUCGGCCGACCAAAACGACUUGACGGGUAUAGCUGCCGCUCAACCUGGCCAAGCAGCUUUACAGGAUUCCUUGAACAGCCCGAGCGGUGAUACUGGAAGCCAACCUUGGGAUUUGCAAAACAGCGAAUCCAAGGCAUCAAGCAAACAAAUAGAAAAUGCCAAGGAAGAAAUCACGGAGCUGGUGCAAGUGUUACUGUCCAUGACUGGCGCUCCCGCGUUUGUCGGUGCUUUCGGAGAAGAUUUGGCGGAGCGAUUGCCUUCCUUUAGCCCACCGGAAACCUUUGUAGGCUUCCAGCCAGGCAAGGUUCCGACCGAUAUGCUGACAAAAUCUUCGAAAGCGUUACGAGCCGGUCGUGGAGAAGUGCUACAGGAUGUGUUGAGGCAAUUUGAGUUGCAAGCGAUUGGCCAAGAUGGCAUGGGGGGCGAUGAUCCAGAGAAGGGUGGAGGAUACUACCGAGAGGUUUCCAAGGUUCGCGCAUUUUUGGAAGGAUACCGACGGGCUGAGGUUCGGCGCCUUGCUCGAGAAACGUCGGCUUUGUUGUUGGAUAAGCUUGUUGCGGAAGGUGUAGAAGGACUAGAUAUUUCACUGGCUUCAAUGACUAGGACAAGCGAUGACACGGGGGACUACGGAGGAGAGCUGAACGACUCUCUACUGGAAUAUCUGACCGAUGCCAUACGACAGCAACAACAAAAAGUGGAUCAAUUACUGGCAACAAAGUUAGACCUACAGUGGUCAGAGUCAGAGGCUUUGGAGCAAGAAGACAUUAAACUUGACGACCGGUUGGAUAGUCUUUGGAACAGCACAAUAGAAGACGGGUAUAGAGUUGAAUCCUUAGAUCCAAAAGAUCCAAUGGUGAAGCGGGUUUUGAUAGAGGAGUAUGAAAAGUCAGCAAGCUCAACAAUAGCACAGAGCGGUCGGCGGAUUCCAAGCUCCCCUUCAGAACAGUUGCUUCUAUUGCUCACGCUAUUGCGGGAAAGAAUAAAAGCCGAAGCUGCUUUUGCCCCUGAUGAGAAGGGUCGCAAUCUGAGACUACUAGCAUAUUGCCUUCGUCUAUCUUCAGAUACCGAAAGGGAGCAGCUCAUCCUUAAAGAUCUUGGAAAUUCUCUUGACCGUCUGGAUUCGUUUAUGGAGCUUGUUGCAAGCUCUAUUGAAUAUGGAGAAAGCACCUCUCACCAGCUGCACCCUGCGAAGUCUAAACCUCUGAACACAAAUUUGCUUAAGAGUAUCCUCAACUUAUCGAAAGGUUUGAGGGAGCGACAAAGUCGGAAGGCUUCCGGGGUCUAAUGGUUGGGACUCGCAUUCAAUGAGAGCAUCAAAUCCAAACUAAUGUAAACCCCUUUCAGGAUUAUAAAUUAACAUAAUCAUACCAGCCUUU